AUGCCAUUUCCUGAGAAGUGGAACAUGUCACGUUUUCCAAAAGAUGUUGAAAUGAGAUCUCCAUCUAGUGACGAUGAUGUCUUCACCGAGCCCCCUGCUUCGAAGCAGGAUAAAGAGAAGAAAAGAAAAAAAACUUCGAGUUCUCCGGACCCCGAGAAGGACAAACCGAAGAGACGAUUGGGCAAGGAGCUUCCGAGCUGGAGGGGGGGUGAGGCUGACCCUCAACAAUUUAGAGAAACCGAUGCGGCCGGGGUCGAAGCCUCACAAGCUGCGGGAAAUGCUUCGAAGGAAGAACUGGGCGUAAUAGAGAUUGCCAAGUCGCCUUCAUUCAUGAAAUCGAUGUUUAUCGAGGCGCAAACUGCUAAAGAAUGCCUUGCCGAGGGACUCAUGGAACGAAUGACCCUUUCCGUGGCUUCGAUUUUUCACCACGAGGCUUUUUUGAGUUACCGAGAUGACCUGAAACAACUCGAAGCCGAAGUUCGAGAGCUUACUGAGAAGAGGGACGCCUCUAACCUUCUUAAUGAGCAGCUCGAAGGGGAGGCCAAGAACCUCCGUGCCGAGCUGGAAGUUGCCCGAAAAGAUCAUGCUGACUUGGUCGAGCUGGUAAAAGUUUUCGAAGUAAGUGAUGAUGAAUUUUAUUCGGUGACUGAUGGUCAAAAUCCGCAGUUAAGAGCGGCAAAGGAAAGGGUCGAGGUUCAAACAAAAAAGGUUGAGGAGCUCCAAUCUCGGCCAGGUUCAGCCUUCUUAGAUCGAGAUAAUUUUGCCAAGGAGAUAAAAAUGACCAAGUCGGAGGUCGCCAUGGUCAAGGCCGAAGCUGAUGAAAUGGUGGCCCAGUAUAAGGCCGAUGCCGAAGCGGAUCAAGAUCAAUCAAAAAAUAUAGCCGAGCAUAUGAAGUGGCAAUCCCGAAGGCAGGCCCUUGAGGAAAUCCACGCUCGAGGCUUUGAUUUAUCGGCUGAAAUCGAGAAUGCCAAGGUGUUCGAAGCCGAGACCAGAAAGCUGGCCUUUCCCAAGGAGGAAGAUUCCGAGGACUCAAGUAGGCCAAAGGUGGAGAAGACCCCGGGAAUCCCGGUGAUGAGGCGGGCUCCGGCCAAGAUCAAGCCGCUUAAGUGCCUCUCUCUGAUUUUGUCUUUUUUCUUUCUGUAUUUAGUACUUUCUGUUGAGGCCGUUCUGCCUUUGUAA